UCUCCCACGCCGCGCCCCUUCGCUUCGGCUUCGUGGGGAAGCACUUCUCUCACAUUUGCGGAGGAGAAGCGAUUUGGAGUUGGGGGGGGAGGAAUCGCUUCGGCCCCUUCCCAAUUAGGGUUUCGGCUCCGUCUCCUCUCGCGAAGAGCUCUUAAAAGAUGGCUGAUACUGAGGACAUCCUGCCGAUCGUCUGCGACAACGGCACCGGAAUGGUCAAGGCCGGUUUCGCUGGCGAAGAUGCACCCAAGGCAGUGUUCCCCAGUAUCGUGGGCCGACCGCGUCACACGGGCGUCAUGGUCGGGAUGGGCCAAAAGGAUGCCUACGUGGGCGACGAAGCGCAAUCGAAAAGAGGUAUUCUCACUUUGAAGUACCCGAUCGAGCACGGCAUCGUCAACAACUGGGACGACAUGGAGAAGAUCUGGCACCAUACGUUCUACAAUGAGCUGCGUAUCGCCCCCGAGGAGCAUCCGAUAUUGUUGACCGAGGCGCCUCUGAACCCGAAAGCGAACAGGGAGAAGAUGACCCAGAUCAUGUUCGAGACCUUCAGCGUGCCUGCCAUGUACGUCGCCAUUCAAGCCGUUCUUUCCCUGUAUUCCAGCGGCCGUACGACCGGUAUUGUGCUUGAUUCCGGCGACGGCGUGACGCACACCGUCCCGAUCUACGAGGGAUAUUCACUCCCCCACGCGAUACUGCGGUUGGAUCUUGCCGGCCGCGAUCUCACCGAUUACCUGAUGAAGAUCCUCACGGAGAGAGGCUACACCUUCACCACCACCGCCGAGCGGGAAAUCGUCAGGGACAUGAAGGAGAAGCUCGCCUAUGUUUGCGUCGACUUCGAGCAGGAGCAGGAGAGUGCCAAGAGCAGCUCAUCCGUCGAGAAGACCUACGAGCUGCCCGACGGGCAAGUGCUGACUGUCGGAGCGGAGAGGUUCAGGUGCGCGGAAGUCCUCUUCCAGCCGUCUCUAAUCGGCCUUGAGAAUCCCGGGAUACACGAGACCACAUACAAUUCCAUCAUGAAGUGCGACGUGGACAUCCGAAAGGAUCUUUACAGCAACAUCGUGCUUAGCGGAGGGUCGACUAUGUUCCCCGGCAUUGCCGAUCGAAUGAGCAAGGAGAUCGCGGCCCUCGCCCCUAGCAGCAUGAAGGUUAAGGUGGUUGCUCCUCCCGAGAGGAAGUACAGCGUUUGGAUCGGCGGUUCCAUCCUCACCUCUCUCAGCACCUUCCAGCAGAUGUGGGUUACGAAGGCGGAGUACGAUGAAUCGGGCCCUCCGAUUGUCCACCGGAAGUGCUUCUAAGUUUAUCACCAGAAGUGCUUCUGUAUGUAUCAUCGCUUGGCGAGUUAUUUCUGUUUCUAUUCCUUCUUUUUUUUUAUCCUUUUCAGAGGAGUUCUUAUUUUGAGUUCGAGUCCUAUAUAUAAAGCCCUUGUCUGGUUGGCAUAUAUGGCUUUAAUUUUCGAAGAAGCAGAAGUUGGCUGAAGUAUUAUGAGAAGAGAAAGGAGAAAGAAGAGGAAGCGGAGUCAUAAUUUUCUCUUUCGAAUCUCGCAUUCGAUACGGCGAUUCUGUCUUCGGAUUGUUCGGUCGCAGCAACUGGGGAUGUUGUUGGUUUGAUUUGUUCUUCUUGUUUGAUAUUUGCACACAAAAAAAAGUGACAAAAAACACACAAAAAUUGGUUUGGUCUCAGCAUGUUGUGUAGAGAGGCUCUUUUUCUGUACAAACUGUAUUGGUGCUUUUAUUUUUGAUUGGUGUUUUGUCGCAA